AUGGGGGACAUCGACAAGCGCUAUCCAGUGGUUGUUGCCAUCCAGGUUCUGUCGCUGUGUGCGAUAGUCGUCUGCAUCGUGCCACUCAUCCUGCAUGCGAAGAACCGCAACCUUCCCGCCACGAGUCUCAUCUGCUGGACUAUUGUCCUGAAUCUGCUCAACAUCAUCAACGCCUUCAUAUGGCCUACAGACAAUGUCGACUUGUGGUGGGAUGGAACUGGCUUCUGCGAUAUUGAAGUAAAGAUUAUGGUCAGCAGUUAUGUUGCUUUUCCAGGUGCCCUAGUAGGCAUCUUUCGUGGCCUGGCGAUUGUGCUUGAUACGACAAGUGCUACCCUGGUCCCGAGUAAGGCCCAGCGUUGGCGCAACCGGUCUAUUGAGCUGCUGUUCUGCGUUGUUGUUCCUGUCAUUGCUAUGAUCACACAUAUUGUGUGGCAGAAGAGCCGCUAUUUACUCUUUGCGAUUUCUGGUUGUGUUAACAAUUUCGACGAGAGCUGGGUUAGCUUCGUACUGGCAUACAUGUGGCCGCCAAUUAUCUGCUUGAUUGCAGCAUACUAUUGCUGCCUGGUACUCAUUCGCAUGCGCAAGUACCGUAGCGACUUCAGUCUCAUCCUACGCUCGGCCAACAGCAGAAUGAGCAAGUCCGGCUUCCUGCGCCUGUUCUUCCUCGCAUCCACCAUGCUUAUCGCUAUUUUGCCCAGUGAGGGCUUUGUCGUCUACUACGACCUGACUCUCUCUCUCCCCUGGCACCGGUACUCAUGGAGUCAGAUCCAUGGACCGGAGUGGUACGAGAUUCUUAAGUAUCCGACUCAGGGGCAGGUCUUCUUCGACCGCUGGACACCAAUUGCAUCGGGAUUCAUGCUGUUUAUCUUCUUUGGCUUUGGCCGCGAUGCUACGCGUCUGUACCGCAUGUUCUUCUGGCGCCUUGGCUUGGGACACUGUUUCCCGAGCCUGGCUCGUCCGACGGAUUCUCAGACUACUACUUCGCACACUAGCGGAUCCAGUUCGGCCGCUCUUGUAGCAUUAACUAUGAGCCGGGCGAAGCUUCUGUUUAGCUGGCGCAAGGGCUUUUCUCCACGUGGCCGACAAAACAGCAGUUCCUCCUCCCCUCUUGACUCUUACAGUGCACUCGAAAAGGGCACCACUCGCUCACCCUCCCAGCAGAAGUGUGACCUGAACAGGCGUCAGCGGCAGUGGUUCCGCCACCCCUGGCUUCGCUUCAACAGCCAUUCCUCGCUGCAUAGCCGCGACGAAGGUACCCUGCUGGGUGACCUGUCUGUCCCCUCCCAGACUGUCUGCACUAAUGCCUGGGCUGAGACAAGCCAACGCUCUGCUAGCAGUGAGAUUGUGGCUCCGGCCUCCUUGCAGAGCAAAGGGGUUAUUCAGGUCAAGCACGUUAUUAGCCAGCAGAGUGAGAUGGGGAGUUAG